AUGGAACUCUCAUGGAACUCUCAGCCCCCAAACAGCCACUCAUCCUCGGACACCCCUGGCUUUGUCGUCACGACCCUGCCAUCUCGUGGCGACAAGGUGAACUACUUUCCUGGUCUUCUACCUGCUUCACCAGUUGUCUCAGCCUACCCUGCAGAGCCACCACCGACCAUACCAUCUGAAUACGCCCAGUCCAGCAAUGUCUUCAGUAAAAUUAAGGCCUCCACUCUGCCACCACAUCACCCAGGGGACUGUGCUAUUGACUUACUCCCUGGAGUAUCCCCACCGACGGGCCGUGUUUACCCCCUAUCUAUCCCGGAAAAUGAGGCACUCAAACGGUCUCAUUCGUCCUUCUUCUUCCCCGGCUGCUUUCAUACCCUGGAGGUGUGUUGGGUCAUUGUCCUGCUGAAAAACAAAUGAUAGUCCCACUAAGCCCAAACCAGAUGGGAUGGCAUAUCGCUGCAGAAUGCUGUGGUAGGCAUGCUGGUUAAGUGUGCCUUAAAUAAAUCAGUGUCACCAGCAAAGCACCAUAACACCUUCUCCUCCAUGUUUUACGGUGGGAACUAUACAUGCGGAGAUCAUCCGUUCACCCACACCGCGUCUCAGAAAGACACAGCGGUUUGAACCAAAAAUCUCAAAUUUGGACUCCAGACCAAAGGACAAAUUUCCACCGGUCUAAUGUCCAUUGCUCGUGUUUCUUGGCCCAAGCAGGUCUCUUCUUAUUAUUGGUGUCCUUUUAGUAGUGUUUUCUUUGCAGAAAUUCGACCAUGAAGGCCUGAUUCACACAGUCCCCACUGAACAGUUGAUGUUGAGAUGUGUCUGUUACUUUAUUUGGGCUGCAAUUUCUGAGGCUGGUAACUCUAAUGAACUUAUCCUGUGCAGGAGAGGUAACUCUGGGUCUUCCUUUCCUGUGGCGGUCCUCAUGAGAGCCAGUAUCAUCAUAGCGCUUGAUGUUUUUUGUGACUGCACUUGAAGAAACUUUCAAAGUUCUUGAAAUGUUCAGUAUUGACUGACCUUCAUGUCUUAAAGUAAUGAUGGACUGUCGUUUCUCUUUGCUUAUUUGAGCUGUUCUUGCCAUACACACACACACACACCUUGUCACAACACAACUGAUUGGCUCAAACGCAUUAAGACGAAAAUACAUUCCACAAAUUAACUUUUAAGAAGGCACACCUGUUAAUUGAAAUGCAUUCCAGGUGACUACCCCAUGAAGCUGGUUGAGAGAAUGCCAAGAGUGUGCAAAGCUGUCAUCAAGGCAAAGGGUGGCUAUUUGAAGAAUCUCAAAUAUAAAAUAUAUUUCGAUUUGUUUACCACUUGUGUUAUUUCACAGUUUUAGAAAAUAGUAAAAAUAAAGUAAAACCCUUGAAUGAGUAGGUGUGUCCAAACUUUUGACUGGUAGUGUAUGUAAUGUACUCUCAUAAAUAAUAGCGGGUUCUAGGAAGAAUCCUCAGAAGAUAAAAGGGUUCUCAGUAGAACCCUUCAUAGACGGUUCUAGGAAGAACCUUUAGAUGAUCAAAUGUUUCUAGGUAGAACCCUUCAUAGAGGGCUCUAGGCAGAACCCUUCACAUGGAGUUCUAGGUAGAACCAUGUACAGGGGGUUCUUUGAAGAACCCUACAUAGAGGGUUCUAAAUACAACUCUCUGUAAAGGGUUCUACCCAGCACCAAAAAAGGGUUCCCUUAUAGGGAGAAACCGAAGAACCCUGUAUGAUUCUAUUUAGCACUUUUUUUUCUAAGAGGCUAAGGCUACUCAACCUCAUAUCAAAGGAGUUCUCUUAGACCUUAUUGGACCUAAAUGGCUUCAAAGUGCCUGCUCAAUAUGCACCUGAUGAUGCUUCAUCAUUUCUACCAAGUAUGAAAUGGUAGCGGUUCCCAUGCAUUAAGUAGAUGUGGACCACAAGUGUUAAGAUUUUGUAUAAAAAAAGUGUUUUAAAGAGCAUCCGUGCUUCAUUCGAUGGGAAACUGUCUAGAUUCUGUCCUACCAAUUCAAGUUGUGGGAGCUCAGCUGGAAAUAAGGACAGAAGGUCAAAGAGUCCGCCUCACCAGCAACAUAGGACUCAUGGGGCGUCCACUGUACUCUCAUACAAGAAAGAGACAACAUUUUACAGUAGCUCACAUACAGAGACACCAGCAAAGGUACCUUGGUAACACUUUAUAGGUAGCCUUUAUAAAGGUACCUUUUCUAAACGGUUUAUAACAGUUAUUUCAUCAUUUGUAAAUGCAUUCUAAACCCUUUAAAAAGGGUACCUUAUAAAGUGUUACUGAGAACUCAUUAUGUAAACCUGUCAAAACCUGUCAAAACCUGUCCAGUUUGGAAAAAUAACUAAAUAGGCAACAGCACAGGCCAAGUGAAAUGAAUUUGUCCUGCAUAUAGUUGAUUACUAUACCAACUCAACUCUACAGUAGACUACAAUGCAUGCGUGAAAGGGAAACUGAACACCCAAGUCAUAGGUUGCUUCAAAUCCAAGUAAAUGUCACAGUGUUUACCCUUUUCAAACCAAGUUAGCCACUGCAUGGAAAUACAAGAGCUCUCUCAAAUGUCACAGUUUGAGGUAGGGUAAAAAAAUGGAGUGUUGCAAUGGCUCUUUACAAUGCGACCUGACAGAUCAAAUGUAUAACACUGUUAUAGGCAUGCCCUGUAUAAUAUGCAAUGCCUGGAUUUAUGUCACCCAGUUUUUGUUAACAAUCACUGACAUAAAGAUGUUAUGACAUUAAACGUUAAAUGAAACUUUUGUACAUGAUUAUAAACGUUACAUAAAGUAUUAAUGACUCAAUAAUAUCAUGUAAGCCUAUCAAAACAAUCCAUUAUAAUAUGGCAUUAUGCCAUAUACACUUUAUGGCAACUUCAAGUAAAGAUAUGCAAGUAGGGCAAAGAUUUUGCUCGUUGUAAUGUUAAAACGUAGAGCUUUUUAGUAAUCCAUUCUCUCCACAGGUAUUGCGGACCGAUGCACAACUGUCAAGUACCAUUUCUCUCAGCCUAUUCGGCUUCGAAACAUCCCACUCAACCUGACGAGAACCAUUCAGCAAGAUGAAUGGCAUCUCUUACGUAAGUAUUGCAGACUCAAUGUCCCAGAACCACCUGCAAUUAAACCGCUUGCAUGGCUAGCUGUUUUUUAUAGAGAGCAAUAUUAAUGGUGUCUUUUUGUAGGCACUACAGGAGGCUAACUGCACAAUGGCUCGUUGGCCAAAGCCUAUGGGGUUUGGAUAAACGCCAAAACUUUGGUCUGUGGUAAGCAUAGGCUUAGGAGAUCUUAUAGGUUUCGUUCUAUGAGAUAAUCUUCCUCAGCUAACGUCACUUUGUGAAUUUUUAAGCAUUUAUGUAUCAAAACAAGCACAUAAAGCACAUAAAUACGUUUAUAAUUCAUUAAGGUCAUGUAAACUGGCUGAUAUUAUCUCAUAGAACAAAACAUAUAAGAUCUCCUAAGCCUGUGUUAACUUCAGAUCUUAUUUUCAGUGUUUAUCCUAAAAUCCCAUUCUUUCCCCAUUCAUUUCCCACAUAGCAAUGUCCAACAAUCCAGAGGUAGAAAGGCUCUCUCAUUUCCGGUUUUGGUCUGGGCCAGAGUCUUUCGAACAAUGGUUAGAUGGUCUUGGUGUGAGAAGUUUGAUUCCAGGUGCCCCACGACUGACCUGUGUUGGUGUCUGCGGUGGGAUGGUCAGACGUCUGUCAUGAGUAGUGUUAGGAUCCUUUAAGAUGAGCUUUUCCAGGUAGUCGUUGGUGCAAAAACUUUCAUCUUACGGAUUUGGGGCACAUUUCUACCACCAUCUUUGCUCAAACAAUAUCAUUGUAUCACUACCCAUAUUAUUUCCAUUAUUUAUUGGGGAAUAUCUUUACUGUUACUUGCUCUUCCUAUCCCUUGUAUUGUGUAUUUUUUAAAAUAAAUAAUUACAUGUUUUGUAUGUGUGUUUUUUUAAAACAUGUUUUUCAAUGCUUCAUACAGUACUGUAGACUGAACAUGUCUGUUGUGUCUAGAUUUGAUAAUGAAAUAACAGUGGAAGUCCAAAUGGCAGUGCUCCAUAUUAAUUUGGCUUCAUGCUGUGGAACCUUUAGAACCUUCAGACAACCGUAGUGAUCUCUUCAGACAACCGUAGUGAUCUCUUCAGACAACCAUAGUGAUCUCUUCCGCAACCAUAGUGAUCUCUUCAGACAACCAUAGUGAUCUCUUCAGACAACCAUGAUCUGUAUGAAGGCUACUACUGUACCCACAUGCUGAAUAUGUUAAGCUAACCUUUCGAAGCUAACAUUCCUACUCCAAUGUCCGACCCCUGAUGAGUGGAUUGCUACAUGGUUAUGGAAAAUGUUCACGGGGAGGAAGUAAAUGUCAGCUCGUACAAGAAAAACAUAUUAACUCCACACAGUCUAUUAUUACUACACAACCAGUCUGAGGAAGAACAUUCAUCAAAGUCAAAAUAGGAUUGGUUUUCUUUGUCUGCCUGCCACCUUUAGACAGUGCUUGCAUCCCAAAUGGCACGCUAUUCCCUAUUAAGUGCACUACUUUUGAGUGCACAAUUGUUCCCUAUUAAGUGCACUAUGUAGGGAAUAGGGUGUUAUUUGGGACGGAGACAGUGUUUUUCCUGCUUGAGUUUGAUCCUGUGUUUGGAUACUGCAACUCGAUCUGACAAAUGUAUGAGAUGCAGAGUAGGCCUUAACAAUUUGUCAUAAUAUUGUUACAGUAUAUCAUAAAUUGCAGGAAUUUAAUAUUUCUAUCAACAUAUCCCGCUAUAAUACAUUUGUGUGUUGAGUGACAUAAUGCUUGCGAUAACAUGUACUGAAAAACAAGGCACAAUGCUGUCAUGAUGCAUUAAGGAAAUCAUUCAAAUUCACCUGUUUUUAACAGUCGUUGCUGGCCAUUUUACGUUAUGACAGGCGUGAUGUCGUUCUUAUGGCAGGGUUGUAACAAAUGUAGGACAGGGGAGACCAAAAGCAAAGCAUUACCUAACAAAAACAAAAAUGUCUUUUUGGUGACUGUUGAGGGGUAGCACAAGCGGGUUUACCAGGGGGUGGUUGUCAUGGAAAUGUUGGUGUGUGCGUGUGUGCUAAUGUUUUCACUUGUGUGUGUGCACUUGUGUGUAUGUACGCUUUGUGUUUGUCUGUGUGUGUGUGCAUGCGUGUUUAUGUGUACGCUUUUGUAUAUACUGGUGUCUGUAUCUUUGUGUGCUUGCUUGUGUGUGUGUGUGUGUGUGUGUGUGUGUGUGUGCGUGCGUGCUAUGUUUAUGUGUGUGUGUCUCAGAUCUGCGGCGAAUCACGGCAGGGUUCCUGGGGAUGGCGGCUGCCGUUUUGCUGUGUGGCAGCAUUGUGGCCACAGUGGGCUUCUUUUGGGAGGAGAGCCUCACCCAGCACGUCUCCGGCCUGCUCUUCCUCAUGGCAGGUACAACGCCUGCCAACUACCAACACCCUACCUCUCCUGUGUGUGUGUGUUAGGGCUUUCAUUGCCAAUGACCUACCUAUCCUGUGUGUGUGUGUGUGUGUGUGUGUGUGUGUGUGUGUGUGUGUGUGUGUGUGUGUGUGUGUGUGUGUGUGUGUGUGUGUGUGUGUGUGUGUGUGUGUGAGAGAGAGAGAGAGAGACUCUCUCAUUCCCUCUCAUUGUUGGUUUCUUUGUGAUGGCAGCUUUCAACUUCUGUCUCUCUGUGCCACUUUUACUGCAGCCUAUCUCUAUAUCUCCAUCUUUAGUUCUCUCUCUCUCUCUCUCUCUCGUCCAAAUCUUCCUCCCAAGUGUUCAUCAAACACAUACAGUAAAGGCUCUUUUUUAGCAGAAUUUGUAAAUGCCUAAUGGGUACAGAUGUAUUCAUAAUACAUUACACACAGGUGAUAAUAUGCAUAAUAAAACAUGCCAUAGGCAUUCAUAAUAGCUCAUGCUACAAACAGGAGGCUGCUUCUACGGUUGUAAACAUUCCUAUAACAUAUUUAUAACAUUACACAAUAGGGUGGCUAAUUUGCCAUUUCAGUUGUGUUUUAGAUUUCCUUUCAACUAGUGUUUUUUUGAUCUAUUUAUUGAUGUUAUACUCAUGAAUUUCAGUUCCAUGUGGAUGGUUAGUAAAGUGGAAAUCCGGGAUUGGUACCUCCAUUUUUUGACUUUUAAAUGAAUAAUACACUACUCAAAAAAAUAAAGGGAACACUUAAACAACACAAUGUAACUCCAAGUCAAUCACACUUCUGUGAAAUCAAACUGUCCACUUAGGAAGCAACACUGAUUGACAAUAAAUGUCACAUGCUGUUGUGCAAAUGGAAUAGACAACAGGUGGAAAUUAUAGGUGACCACAGACCACUUCUCAGUUCCUAUGCUUCCUGGCUGAUGUUUUGGUCACGUUUGAAUGCUGGCGGUGCUUUCACUCUAGUGGUAGCAUGAGACGGAGUCUACAACCCACACAAGUGGCUCAGGUAGUGCAGCUCAUCCAGGAUGGCACAUCAAUGCGAGCUGUGGCAAGAAGGUUUGCGGUGUCUGUCAGCAUAGUGUCCAGAGCAUGGAGGCGCUACCAGGAGACAGGCCAGUACAUCAGGAGACGUGGAGGAGGCCGUAGGAGGGCAACAACCCAGCAGCAGGACCGCUACCUCCACCUUUGUGCAAGGAGGAGUAGGAGGAGCACUGCCAGAGCCCUGCAAAAUGACCUCCAGCAGGCCACAAAUGUGCAUGUGUCUGCUCAAACGGUCAGAAACAGACUCCAUGAGGGUGGUAUGAGGGCCCGACGUCCACAGGUGGGGGUUGUGCUUACAGCCCAACACCGUGCAGGACAUUUGGCAUUUGCCAGAGAACACCAAGAUUGGCAAAUUCGCCACUGGCGCCCUGUGCUCUUCACAGAUGAAAGCAGGUUCACACUGAGCACGUGACAGACGUGACAGAGUCUGAAGAUGCCGUGGAGAACGUUCUGCUGCCUGCAACAUCCUCCAGCAUGACCGGUUUGGCGGUGGGUCAGUCAUGGUGUGGGGUGGCAUUUCUUUGGGGGGCCGCACAGCCCUCCAUGUGCUCGCCAAAGGUAGCCUGACUGCCAUUAGGUACCGAGAUGAGAUCCUCAGACCCCUUGUGAGACCAUAUGCUGGUGCGGUUGGCCCUGGGUUCCUCCUAAUGCAAGACAAUGCUAGACCUCAUGUGGCUGGAGUGUGUCAGCAGUUCCUGCAAGAGGAAGGCAUUGAUGCUAUGGACUGGCCCGCCCGUUCCCCAGACCUGAAUCCAAUUGAGCACAUCUGGGACAUCAUGUUUCGCUCCAUCCACCAACGCCACAUUGCACCACAGACUGUCCAGGAGUUGGCGGAUGCUUUAGUCCAGGUCUGGGAGGAGAUCCAUCAGGAGACCAUCCGCCACCUCAUCAGGAGCAUGCCCAGGCAUUGUAGGGAGGUCAUACAGGCACGUGGAGGCCACACACACUACUGAGCCUCAUUUUGACUUGUUUUAAGGACAUUACGUCAAAGUUGGAUCAGCCUGUAGUGUGGUUUUCCACUUUAAUUUUGAGGGUGACUCCAAAUCCAGACCGCCAUGGGUUGAUACAUUUGAUUUCCAUUGAUAAUUUUUGUGUGAUUGUGUUGUCAGCACAUUCAACUAUGUAAAGAAAAAAGUAUUUAAUAAGAUUAUUUCAUUCAUUCAUUUUUUUGAGCAGUCAUUGAUUCAUGAUCUUACUUCAACUGUCUUACCUGUCUUUUGUUGUUAUUUGAAUCCUGUAUUGCCUCUUUAAUACAAAUCUUGGAACGAACAAUUUAUCCCCUAUAGGGAUCUUCUGCACAAUCUCCUUAUGCACCUACGCUGCCAGCGUCUCCUACGACCUCUCCCGGAACCCACCCUUCAUCUAUGGACUGCCCGGCGACGUGGACCAUGGCUACGGCUGGUCCAUCUUCUGCGCCUGGGUAAGCCUGGGACUGACCGUGGCGUCGGGCUGCCUCUGCACCACCUACCCCUUCCUCAGCCGAAAAAAGGCCCUGCACUCCAAAACCGCCCGGGAGUCCUCGGUAUGA